AUGCCUGCCCCACCCAACGAAUCCCUUCCGACAGAACCACAGCCUGGCGUGGACGAAGUCCUUGACAAGUUUCAGCAACUCGGACGAGAAGCCGAAGAAGACGCUAGCGACAACGAAGAUGGCGAAGACGGCGCCGGCGACAACGAGGACGAAGGUGCCACAGGGGAGGCUGGGGACGGAGAGAAAAAGAAGAAGAAGAAGUCCAAGAAGAAGAAGUCCAAAGCUAGGCAGGCUGUGCAAGGUUUGAGAACAAUCGCUACCGGAAAUGCGCCGCAGGAAAUAGUCGAAGCUGUGCGAGGAAACAUGGAUGCUGGAGAAGGUCAAGCAGCGACAGAUGAGGAGAUUCGACGGGCGCUGAAAGCCGCGGACUUAAUGAAGAUCCUGGAGGGCAAAAUGGCUUUGGGAAACAAGUCUGGUACCAAGAACCUCGGCGAACAUAAGUUCUGGAAGACUCAACCCGUCCCUCAAUUGUCCGGUGACGGUGGCAGUAUCGCUCCCCUCGAGGAAGGUCCUAUCGACGACCCCAAGACGCCUGCCGAAGUCAAGCAAGAGCCUGGAAGCCUUCCUUCUGGAUUUGUGUGGAGUACUGUUGAUGUCAAGGACGAGGAGCAGUGUAAAGAAGUCUAUGUGUUGCUUUCCGAGAACUAUGUGGAGGACGACGAUGCCAUGUUCAGAUUCAACUAUUCCAAAGAGUUCUUGCUUUGGGCGCUUACCGCUCCGGGGUACGUUCCCGACUGGCAUAUCGGUGUUCGAGUGCAAAAGACGGGCAAGCUGGUUGCGUUCAUCUCUGGUAUCAAGGUAGAUAUCAGGGUGCGAAGCAAGACGUUCCCGUCGGCCGAGAUCAACUUCCUCUGUGUUCACAAAAAGCUCCGCUCGAAACGAUUGGCGCCUGUAUUGAUCAAGGAGGUCACCAGACGAGUCAACCUGACGGAUAUCUGGCAAGCCAUCUACACCGCAGGCGUCGUUCUCCCCACCCCCAUCGGCACUUCUAGAUACUUCCACCGAAACCUCAACCCUCCCAAGCUCGUCGACAUCGGCUUCUCCCCUCUUCCCCGCGGUACCACCAUCGCCCGACUCGUCCAACAAUACAGCGUCCCCGCCCACCCCCGUCUCCCCGGUUUCAGAGAGAUGACCAAAGCCGACGUGCCGCAAGUAGGCGAGCUGCUGAGAAAGUAUUUGGAUCGAUUUGCGAUUGCCCAGGUGUUUAGCAGUGAUGAGGAGGUUGAGCAUUGGUUCUGUAGUGGACAGGGGAAGGACAUUGAUGGCAGGCGAGAAGGACAGGUGGUCUGGGCAUAUGUCGUUGAGGACCCCACCACACAUCUCAUCACCGACUUUGUCUCUUUCUACUCCCUCCCUUCAUCCAUCAUGAAGAAUCCCAAACACAAUCUCCUCAAUGCCGCCUACAUGUUCUACUACGCCUCCGAUGCCGUUUUCUCCGCUGGUGGAAGCUCGGAUGAUGCUGCGGCGCAUGAUAGGAAGGCCAAGAGGCAUUUGGAGGAGAGGUUGAAUGCGUUGGUUAACGAUAUAAUGAUCAUGGCAAAGCAGGCCGGUUUCGACGUCCUCAACGCUCUUACGCUCCUCGACAACAACUUAUUCCUGACAGAACAAAAGUUCGGUCCCGGCGACGGUUUCCUGAACUUCUACCUUUAUAAUUGGAACUGCGCACCUACCGAUGGUGGACAGAGCGGCUAUUCCAGAAAGGAGAGCUCGCAGGUCGGUGUUGUUAUGCUCUAG